AUGGGUCUAUCUCCCUCGGGAAACCACCAUCGCCGACGGAGCUCAGUGCUUACCGGGGGCCCUUCACAAGUAGGCCCGACCGAGCAGAGGGACGACAAUCCGCGCACCAAUGGCGACCCUAUCAACUAUAAACGAGACGAACAAAAAGCUGCCGAGGACGCAGACGUGUCCGACCUGUCGUCGAUCGCUGAGAGCUCCGAGGACGACCUCCAAGAUGAUGAAGAAACAGGCCUUACCGCAAAGCAGAAGCGCCAGCGACGGCGGCGAAGAAGGCAACGGAAACAGUUGGAUGCUCGGAUCGCCGGCGUCAAGGGUUCCCAGAGUGAUGUAUUCUCGGUUGGACUGGCGGAUCGAAACGUGAUGAGGAGGCUCAUGGUCAAUGGCGGGCUGAUUCUGAUGUGGUAUUUCUUUUCGUUGGCGAUAUCAAUCUACAAUAAAUGGAUGUUUUCCGAGGACGAGGUCGUCUUUCCCUUCCCGCUAUUUACCACCAGUUUACACAUGCUCGUCCAGUUUUCACUAUCAUCCUUCAUCCUAUGGAUGAUUCCUUCGCUGCGCCCGCGGGCGCCUUCAUCGUCACCUUCCGGAUCACCUAUGAGGCAGCAAGACGGGUCUGAAAAUAGUGUCGUAUCGAAAGUAUUCUAUUUCACACGUCUCGUGCCUUGUGGUGCAGCAACUUCCCUUGAUAUUGGGCUGGGUAACAUGUCGCUGAAAUUCAUCUCCCUCACGUUCCUUACUAUGUGUAAAUCAUCGGCUCUCGCCUUCGUCCUACUAUUUGCUUUCCUCUUCCGCUUAGAAACCCCGUCGGCCAAAUUGAUCGUCAUCAUUGCGACAAUGACCAUCGGUGUCGUCAUGAUGGUCGCAGGCGAGACUGCUUUCAACAUUGUGGGCUUCCUGCUAGUCAUUGCAUCCGCUUUCUUCUCGGGCUUCCGAUGGGGCUUGACACAAAUACUCUUGCUGCGGCAUCCAGCUACGGCGAACCCAUUCUCUACCCUCUUUUUCCUUACCCCCGUCAUGUUUGUCUCCUUAAUCACUAUCGCGCUGGCCGUGGAAGGCCCAUCUCAGAUUGUUACGGGCUUCGUCGCCCUCAGCGACGUUCAUGGUGGCAUGUUUGCGACCUUUCUCCUCAUCUUUCCGGGUAUCUUGGCAUUUUGUAUGAUUUCAUCCGAAUUUGCACUUCUCAAGCGUUCAUCGGUCGUCACAUUGAGCAUCUGUGGUAUCUUCAAAGAAGUGGUUACGAUAAGCGCGGCGGGUGUGAUAUUCCAUGACCAGCUCACUCUCAUAAAUAUUGUGGGUCUGGUGAUUACCAUCAGCAGCAUUGGUACCUACAAUUAUAUGAAGAUCGCCAAGAUGCGUGCUGAAGCUCGGAAGGCCACGUGGGAGCCCGAGCCAGAUUCGGACUCGGAGACGGAAGACUCAGACCCCUCUCGAGGUCGUGGAGGAUAUCACCCCGUUGCAAAUCCGGAAACAACUAUGCUACGCGCUUCGUCGGAUACACGGGACGAUCACAAUGUCAAUAUCACGCCUGAUGAUUCGAUUCUUGGUCGGCGGUCAUUCCGGGUGCGAGCCAGCGGUGCCAGCAGCAGCACGCAUGGGCUUACCAUUUCUACGGCUAACUUAAGUGACCAUGAUAAAGCCUUCUCGCCACGAGUGUCUGCCCCAUCUCCUUUGAAAUCAGCGCCACCGGUCGUGGUCUCCGCCGAAUCUGAGCUGCAGAAAGCGGGACGAAGCCUUGGUGCGGGAAGCCAGCCCCAAUCGUCGCCUGAAAGAUCGUCUUCUAGAGAAAGGCGUUAG